GAGCUCGACAACCGCCCACACACAAUGUCGCAAACAAAGCACAUCUACCGCUCCCUCCUGCGCGAGCUGCGCCUCAGCUCGAACCAGCCCAGGGCGAAGCGGAACCCCACCGUGGCGAUCCAUGUGCGCCAGCUCGUCGACAGCGCGCAGAGCAAGGAGCAGCUCGACCGGACGCUCGUUGAGGCGCGCGACUUUCUGCGCUCGUCGAGGAUAUAUGAUGAACUCGUCAAGCGCUACAACCCCACACAUGGCAUGAGUCAGGACGAGCGCGUGCAUGCCUCUGCUCGGCGGGUGGGACUGGACACUCCGCUCGAGUUCAAGAAGGAGGACGGGGAGAAGGAGUAGACCACAAGGGAGGAAGGGGAAGGAAGAAGAAGCACUGGGCCGCCCGAGUCACCUCGGGCCCCUCACACAUUGCAUGGGCAUGCAUCAUCUUGAUUUAUGUGGAGG